AUUGUCGACUCUCUUCCCGCGCUUCCCUCGUCUCGUAGCUCGGUAGCUUUGUCCUCGUAUGUGCAUGGAGACCUCCGCCGUUGCCCGAAUCGAUUUGUAGUGUUUGGGUGCAGCCAUUGUCGCACGGAGGGAACAUUGCCCAGUGCGAGUACAGAACUGUGAUAGCUUACGGGGUUUUUUUUCUUAUUGCAGAGGCGAAGUGCCGAAGAGGGGCGCUGAUGCGGGCAAUUGUCGUGGGCGAAGGCGUUUUUGCAGUACAUUGUGUUGCUCCCCUUUGGAUUGAUCUGUGUACUGUGCCAAAUGAUCCAGCAGGUUUCGAGGUGGUCUUUUCCUUAGGCACGGGGGUGUAUCUUGUGAACCGCCGUCAUUCCUAUGAGUCACUCUAAAAUGGCAUCUCCCGUCAAGAUUGAAGCUUUUGAUUCAGCAUCAACAUUGGAUCCCUCCAAUUGUGAUUUCUUCUAUGUGACGACCGUGAUUGGAGGGGAAGUGCAAAAAGUCAUCAAUGCUAGGUGUGGUUCUCUUGUCAAAGUCAGAAAAGUGCAAGAUUUUGCUCGUGAAGUGGAUUUUAAAAAUGAAACGGCGCUUGCGCUCACCCGCAACCAGUUAAGAUCUAUGAUAGUAUCUGAGGCACGGGUAUCCAAGCGUGAGAGGACAUUAGCAGAAUUUGUGUUGGAUUUGAAGCGAAGGAAAAGCGUGGAAGGCUUAGAAACCGUACAAUGCGGCCCUCCUCCCAAAGCGGAAGUGUGUCCUCCAGUGGAUGUCAUCAGUGUGGAUCAUGUGAAAGUUGAGUCUUUAUCUAGGAACCCAAAGAGGAGAAGAAUUACAUCCGAAUGGCACUCAUGUACUCGGGUGCAGGAUGCGCCGAGCGAGCCUCUGGAUAGUCAACUAGAUGACGAAACUCUUUCGAAUUAUCUGAAAAGAUGUGUCAGCACUAAGGGUAGGGCGUCAAGUGGCAACACGGACAUGGAAGUCUUUCAGCGCCGCAAGAAGAAUCUGAAAGCUGUCAGGAGGCGAAUCGCAGAGGCGGGGACUGGAGCGUCACAAAAUGGUUCCGGGAGUAGGGACAAUCAAUCAUCAACUACCGUCCGUGUUUGCAAAGAUAUGUGCGAGCGUCGGGAGUGUCAACUUAUUGAUAGUGAGGUACCAGAAAUAGUUUCCUCCCACUCAGCUGUGGGGAAUCGUAUGGCACGGUUGAGUGUGAGCGUGGACGGGAUGGAUGACAAGUCGGCGCUGCGAUCUGAAAGUGGGGCAUUGCUCUCACCAAGUUCUGUCCUCGAUCAUCAGUCCGAGAGCAGCGAUUUCGUCCACUCGCUUGAUUUGACGCUGGAGAAGUCAUCAGUUGAAGGGACGGAAAAAUAUUUGCAUCCAGAUCCUUGUAUUGAGGAGAUCGUCACUCCUGCAGCAGGUUAUCAUUCCUCGAAUCUGAUCAUCCUGCUUGACGAUCAGUCCUCGCAAGUCGCUGCUGACAAUGGGAGUGACGAUACCCAGGUACGCAUGGAACAGUUUCACCACGAGGAUGUCAAUCAUUUUCUCUCUGACGAUGAAGCAACUCUUCAAUCAAGGAAUCCUGGUAAUUCACUUGCUGGAAGGGAUCUUAAAAAUUUAGACCCUGCUAAGUUGUGUGUACCGAUCGUUCAGAUGCUCAAUUCUGAAACAACACAACUUACUCCUUCAGGGACCUGUGAUGAAGAAUCCAGCGCUUGUCUAGGGUCAAUUAGCUCCUGUAGGGAGACCCUUGACAGCCUUGGGACUAUGUCACUACGUCAGGGACCUGUAGAUGAGAACCGUGGAAUUGCUGAAGAAAGCAUAGUAUCAUUAGUUUCUCCAACGGAAUUAGAACUUGCAGAAGAGAGAAUCGAUGCCCUUCUAGACACUCUGGUGGUAUCAGACGAUUUGUUGCCAAAUCAUUUGUCGGCCUCCGUGAAUUGUGGCUUAAAUAGCUCGAAGAGAAAGAGAACUAGUCUUGCAGAGCCGGUGAUCCUCUCAAGUCCAAACAGCAUGGGUGGUAGCCAUUUGGGGACGAUGGCUAUCCCUAGCCUCAGACCUUCCCUUUCGCUCAGGGGAGAUAAAGAUUCACCAUCAUCUACGGAUGCUUUGUGGUGUUCAACGGACAAUGUUUCAAGCUCUGUUAACCUUGCGGAGGAAGCCACUUUGUCCCGUACAACACUAAGUAGUGGCAUGUCAAUCGAAGACCUUAACAUCUCCGAAGCGCGUCGUCUUUCGCAUGGGUUAACAUUAGUUGGUAAUCCUGGGGAAAUAGAUACCCCACGUGUCAUGGGAGAUCUCCGUCUUAAUAAUGAGGAACAGACGUGUAGUGAGAACCUCAACCUCAUUCCAACAGGUGAUGCAGAAAUUUCAGGAUCAUCACCAAACUCUCUUUGCUACAAUGAAGAUUCUAGGGAAAGCGUCGAAGGGGAUGCAAAACAUGAGCUUGCUGAUGUAUCGACAUUUGAGGCAGAUCUGUAUAGCAACUUAACGGAUGGAUUCACUAAACGAAACCGCAAGACCUUUUCUCCCAAGUCCCAGUUCAAACUUCUCAAAGCUAGUCGGCCUGAAUCAGCUAGGAAACCUUCCUUCAAAUUUAAGAUCAAACAAAUGAAAUCAAAUGCUCAAACCGCCGGUCCCAACGCUUCAACUGAGACUACCAAACCUUCCGAACGACUGAAAAGUAUACUUAAGACUGGUGGAGAGCCAUUGAAUUGCCGGGGGAUGUGUAAAUGCCCGAAGUGCAUCUCUACACGUGAUCGGUCGAUAGUUGCGAGGGAAUUUAUAAGUUCCCAAAUGAAACUGGCGGAGAACAUUAUCACCAGAUUGAUUCAGGAGAUGCGAGGCAUGCGCACUCUGGUAGAAGACAGUCAGCAGACUUUAGGAAUGAGAGGAAUCUCCGACUCAUGUGAGCCUGCUUCUGAGAAGAUUAAAGGAGUACUGGAAUGUGCGGCCAAACUAGAGGAUUGGGCCAUCGCUCAGAUUCUGAAACUGGGUCGCGAUAGCAAGCGAGUUUGUCGUCUCAUUGAAACUGGGCCGCGCAGGACAAUCUUUGCUGAUGAGGCAGGAAGCGACCUAGAAUAUGUUAGACUUCUUCCAAUGAAGAAAACUCUUACGCUCCCAUUGUGUAUACAAUGAUGAUGUGUCAGGUUUAGGAUUUCUUUGAGCUACAAAUUCAUCGGACAGCUGCCUCUCGGUACAUGUAUAUUAAGCCCUGAUUAAGCUUCUCAUUUAUUGGUCGUGGACCUACACCAGUUUAUGAGGUCUUUUUUCAUGGAUUAGUGGGCGGUAUUUUUCUAUUCCAGCAACUGAAUUUUUUUUUGAAUGUGGAGGCCGCCUCAGAUUUCCAGAUGACUGAUAGAGGAUUGAAAUCUCAGUUGAUGGUGCUUUUGUUGUACGAUACAAACAACUCAAAAAAUUUGAUCACAUGUUGGUCUUAAUAUGAACUGUUGAAAAUUUAAAUAU